AUGGAUGAGGAAUUCAAGAAAAUGUUCGUCACCCUGAUGGACACACAGCAAAAACUCCUCACCGAGCUGGCAUUGUCGCGGAAUGCGACGGCUUCAGCAGCAACAAUCACCCCUGUCGGAGGACCUGUGACCACCGAUGCCAGGAUGGAAUCUUUGGCAAAAUCCAUCACAGAAUUCCACUUUGAUCCGGAGUCUAACCUCACUUUCGAUAAUUGGUUUAGCCGUCAUGAGGAUGCAUUUCGGGUCGAUGCAGCAAGCUUGGACGAUGAAGCUAAAGUUCGUUUGUUGUUCCGUAAACUGAGCGACAAAACCCACACGGAGUAUACAAAUCAUAUCUUGCCCAAGCUACAACGGGAGUAUUUCGGUGUAGCGGCUUGUUCGAUUGAUGACUUCAAGUGCCUCAUAUUUGUUUGUGGCCUCCAUGCUAAGCAAGACGCCGAAAUACGAACAUCACUGCUGGCUAAACUGGAAGGUAGUAAAAAGAUGACGUUGUCUGACCUUACUGCCGAGUGCCAUCGGAUUCUCAGUCUCCGGAGAGACACCUCGAUCCUGGAAAACCCCACCAAGUUGUCCCCGAGCGAGAGUGCUUCGGUGAACGCAAUCACUCACAAGGCUGACAGCUCCAAGAAAAUGAACACCUUCAAGCACUCAUCGAAAGCCCCAUCGCCCCAUCAUCACAACCAAAACAAACAACCAUUCAAAAACAGUUGUGAUAAGCCCAGGACACCGUGCUGGAAAUGCGGACAAAUGCAUUUUGUCCGUGAGUGUUCGUACCAGGAUCAUCGCUGCAAGGACUGCCAACGGGUCGGUCACAAGGAGGGGUACUGCCAGUGUGUGUCGUCCAAUACUGGUAAGAAAAGGAGGUUGAGACAGCCCCCAGUGCAAACCAAAGGCAUCUACUCCGUCAAGCAUGUUGCUGUUCAUCAUCGAAGGAAGUAUGCAUCAGUGGUCAUCAAUAACGUCCCACUGGAGCUCCAGUUAGACUGCGCUUCCGACAUCACCGUCAUCUCGGAGGCUAGCUGGAAUCGCAUAGGACGUCCUACCAAGAAUCCACCAUCGCAGCAUGCUCGUACAGCUUCGGGGCAUCCCCUGGACUUAGUGGCAGAAAUCGAUUGCGACGUUUCGCUCAGAGGAGUUCAACGUUCAGGCCUCGCCUUCAUCGAACUCUUCAACUUGUGGGACGUCCCCCUGAGCAUGGUUUGCCACCGCAUAAGUUCAUCGCAGGAGGACGUGCAGAGUUUGCGUGUAUCGUUUCCGAAUCUGUUCACCGAUUCGUUGGGUUGCUGUAAUAAAACAGAAGCAAAGCUGUAUCUCAUGCCAGACGUUCAGCCAGUUUUUCGAGCCAAAAGACCUGUGCCGUUUGCCGCAUUGCAAUCGAUCGAGCUCGAGCUAAAUCGCCUAGAGUCGUUGGGCAUCAUCUCGCCUGUGGAGUUUUCGGAUUGGGCUGCACCUAUAGUUGCAGUUAAGAAGAAGUCGGUCAAUGAGAUUUUCGCCAAGCUUUCAGGGAGCAAUAAUUUUUCGCACAUUGACCUGUCGGACGCCUACCUGCAGGUACCUGUGGAGAAGGAAUCGCGAAAAUUUCUCACCAUCAACACAGAUCGUGGCCUUUUUGAAUUCAAUCGUUUGCCACCGGGUGUGAAGUCAGCUCCUGGGACCUUCCAGAAUAUCGUCGACGCAAUGGUUGCAGGACUCGAGGGGGUUGAGACUUACCUCGACGAUGUGCUUGUCCACGGCCGGACACCGGAAGAACAUCGUUCUCACCUUCUCAAGGCUCUGGAGCGCAUUCAGGAGUGGGGAUUUACCCUGCGGAUCGAGAAAUGCUCCUUUUUCAUGUCGGAGAUACACUACCUUGGCUUCAUCAUCAACAAGUGA